AUGUCCAUCCGGCACCUUGGGGGGGUUCGGCGCAGCGUCCCCGCCACCAUCCUCUGCGCCGAAAGCGGUUUGCCACCGCUGGCGUGCGCAUGGUUGCGCGCGGGCGCGCGGCUAUGGAAUCGCAUGGUCAAAGCCGAUGAGGGCAUUAUCAAGUGGGAGUUUGUGGGCGACCUCUCCCUUGCCCGUUGUCUUGGCCCGGCGCGGGCGCGUCGGACUUGGAGCGGUGCGUGGCUGCAUGCACUUGACUGGUUGACCGCCGAGGGGGGCGCCCCUGAAGCAUUUUUGGCGGCCUAUGCGGCGGGGGUGCACAACACCCUGAACCAGGGCUCGGCGGCGAUGGCGGGCCUGCGCCUGCAGCUGGGGGAAUGGGAGCUGCAUGCGUGGGACCAAGCACUGGCCAACCGGGCUGCGCAGGCCGUCCAGCGUGGUGGCGCUUGCGCAGAAUAUGAGGCUUGCUUCGCCGCGGGUGAUGCGGAUGAAGUGCCCGAGGCCGGCUUUCCGUCGCUCAUGCCCUACUACUUUCGCCACACGUCCCGAUUCCGGAACCACCAACAUGCGCGGGCUCUGAUGCGCCUGCGCUGCUGCUCACCCCCUUUUGACUGCGUCACCGACUCUUCACUACAACACCCCCACCCAUCGCCCCCACUGCGACGGCCUAGGCCGUGA